GAGUUAGCCCCGGUGCUACCCAAGAAGAAAUAGCAAAGGCUUAUCGAAAAUUGGCCUUAAAAUAUCACCCUGAUAGAAAUCGGGAUAAAUUUAAAGAGUUUGAGGAAAUGUUAAGGGAAGUAACAAGAAAUCUUGAUAACAUAGAAAGAAAUCUUGAUGAAACCCGAGAAAGUCUUGACCGACAACAAGAAAGAUUAUGGAGUGAAGCCAUACGGAAUAUGGAAGACAACUUAAAUUUAGCCGGUGUGUCGGUUUCCGAUUUAGACUCUAGUUUAUGGUCUCCUUAUGGUGAUUGGAAAGAAAAAGUUCGAAAUUCUUUUAAUAGUGAUUUGGACGUUUUUUUAAUUAUUCAUCGCAAAAUUACAACGACCAAAAGGAAAAAUAUGAUGGUGAAAAACCAAAUUAUUCGGAUAGUCGACCAGAUAAAAACUUUUCUCCGAACGAUAAAAGUGGAUGAAGUGGAAUGUUUACUGAAAACUUCUGACGAAAGAGAAAAACAAAAGUAUCAAGAAAUGAUGAAUAAACUAGAAAAAGAGUUGGAGACGUUAAGAAAUCAAUCAAAUAAUCAAGACCACGGCAAUCCAACACCAAAACCAACCCCCGAACAAGAAAAAGUUGCCAAAGAUAAAUUAGCAGAAGCCGCUCAGAGUAAUGAUAAAGAUGAAAUAGUAAAUAUCCUUAGCCAAGCCAACGAGACCGUAAAAAACAGCGCUGACCCCGAAUUAAAAAAACAGAAAGACCAAGCCGAAGAUAACUUAGGCAAAAUUGACCCAAAUGAGUUAAGAAAAAUCAUUAAAACCGAA